AUGCACUCACAGGAUGAUCGCCUCUUCUCCUCGUCUAAUACGAUUUCCCUAAGCCACAUACCUCUUUCCAUUACGCAUACUUACCAACAAGCGAGUACGACAGGUCGAGUCCCACCUCAUCGCCACAACGAUUCACCUCUAAUAGCGUUCGAUGUCGAUAAGGGAUUCCAGCAGAAUGACUCUGCCAUUACUUCAAUAUACUUCGACAAUGAACCGUACCUCUGGUGGUACUGCGACACAGACGUGAAAACCAUGGGUGAAAAUUCUGUCAAGGCGCGCUCUCCGAUCAAAGAACAUCUCGUGAAUGCUUUUCUGCGUGCAAAAUACACCAUAGGCGAGGAGCUCCAGGCUAUAGUCAACAAGCAAGAGGGCACCAGCCUAAGUCAAUUCCAUGAUUCGGCUUGCAUGAGAGGUUCAGUAUCGUAUUGUUACGAAGCAGCUGCAGCCAGGACGUUUUACAACCGAACUCCAUUCCAACUCCCAGGAGAUUCCCGUGUACGGAUAUCGCUUGAUACAGAGCUCACCAUGGCUGGCGAAAAAAACUGGGAUGGACAGACGCGUACUGGCGAUAACUGGCGGCGAACUGAGGAAGAUAAGGAACUUUUCAAGCUUCAUGUUCACGCUCCCAAAAAGUAUGACAUUUUAGAACUCAAACUUCAGACUCGGUGCGGACAAGAGGCUCCAAAAUGGGUUACGGAUCUUGUCCAGUCCCACCUCGUCGAAGCUGUACCCAAGUUCGGCUCUAUGACUUGCUUCCUGUAUACUGACAUCCUCACGCCUAAUACGGGUCACCUCGCAGUGGAGCACCCCGCAAAGAACACCCCCGAUCUGCAGUCUUACAUCUUCUUGCCCCGUCGAGCACAUGCACUCCUAUGUUGA